GCGGUGUGCCAAGAUCGGAAUUGUUCUGUGAAAACAAUCCAAAAGUUCGUUUCCAAAUACGGGGUAAAAAUCCUGAAAAAACAAGACGUAUACGGGCGAGUAGUAAGUAUUGAGAACUGCGCGGCCCUCGUUUUCUCCUGUUGCAUCGCCGUCGAUUAUCUCACUCUUCAUUUGAUAUGUUGUGCUACGAUACUCACUAUUUGUUUGGUGUGAUUGCAUGGACGGUUUCGGACAGUCAUUGUUUUACGCCCUCCGGAAACAAUCCUCCUUGUCCGUGGUCAAGUCUCUGUUCGACUUGUGUCCCAGCGCUCUCCUCCAGAAAGACUUUUGUGGGGAGUUGCCUUUGUACAUGCUAUUCCGUCCGAAUGCCGAUUAUCGCAUCCUCGAAUAUGUGUUGGACAGAGACCCAUCGCUGGCACUGUACGAGGAGAAGCGGUUUUCGGGGUCGCAGUCGCUUUUGCAGAGGCUUUGUAACCAGUGGGCGAGUACUAUUAAGGGACAAAGAUCGGCUUCGUCGGUUCGAAGCAACAGCGAUGGCAAUGGUGGCAACAGCGUCGUGUUGAGCCACGAAGAGAUUCGUUCCGACAACGCACUGUGCAACCAGUGGGCCAAACUGGUUUUGACGGUCCGCGCUGUCCACCGCAUUGCUCAUGGCACAGCAACAAAAGUUACGGAAUUUGACGAGGAAGUAGUAAGCAAUGCUAUGAAAAGCGACGAACUCCAACGUUUCCCGCCGAGGCAGUUAUCAUUUGAGAUUCCAGAACUUCACAUGGCGAUGCAGCUUCCAUUUCUACCGCCGGGAAUCGUUUGCCAAUUCAUCGAAUUAUAUCCAGAACAGGCCUCCCUACCAAUUGAGAAUGUAAUUCAAUCGACCAACAAUCUACUUGACAAUGAGGAUCCCGGAGAAGGACGUGAAAGCCAUCUCGUCGGAACCCCGAGUGCCAAACGUAUCGCAGGAAAAAUGCUCCCCCUGCACUUUUUCCUUUCCGACUACUCCGCGAUGAAGCCGACACCGAAUAGACCCGUGGAAGGGACAGGCGCCCACAAAUUAUUGAGCCAAUGCCAAAAACGAGCCGGAAUUCUGCGGGGUCUCGUUGGCACCUUUCCACGGGCAGCUACGCUGCGACAGAAGCACCAGUGUUGCGACCGUGGAGUUCUUCGCAGCUGCCGCUGUUUUCCAAUUCACGUCGCCAUUGCCCGGGGAAUUCCCUGGGAAUGCGGCCUGAGGGAACUAGUGUAUGCCAAUCCGUCCGGUCUGAGCAUAAGGGAUGAGUGUGGGACCAAACUAUUGCCCUUUUUGCAACAGGCCCUGGCCGCAGCAACAUGCUACAAACCUCUGUACGAACCAACCGAAGACGGAGAUCGUUAUCGAUUUGUAUGCAAGGAAGAGAGCAACCUUUCGGUUUUCAAUACAAUAUAUUGCCUCCUUCGAGAGAAUCCAUCGGUAUUGACGCCGUAAUUUUUGUUUGCUCUAUUGCGAGGCGGAAUGAUGUUCUUGGGUCAUGUAGCGUAUUGCCAACUUCGGUUCUGUCUGAGAUGAAAACAUGCGAUCCCAUUUUUUCCUUUUCUCCAACAAUAUCCGACUUUUUAAGUUGACAUCAUCGUCAUGGUGGUAGAUCAGACCCUGGGAUUUUCAUCAGUGCUCUUCUUCCUUCACCUUCAAAAUUUUGACAAAUAAAUUGUGAUAGUAAUAUUUUGUUUGAUUUUAUGAAAACAUGGCUCUCAUCUGAUACAGUGGGUGAUUCCCGUUAUUAUAGAAUCGUAAAUGUGCUAAAUCUAGGAGUUUGGCACUUCUGUAAUAACGGGAAUAAAAAAAUCAACGGACA